AUGGCCAACGCGGGGCUGCAGCUGCUCGGCUUCUCGCUGGCGCUGCUGGGCUGGGUGGGCCUGCUGGUGUGCACCGCCCUCCCACAGUGGCAGAUGAGCUCGUACGCGGGCGACAACAUCAUCACGGCCCAGGCCAUGUACAAGGGGCUGUGGAUGGAGUGCGUGACGCAGAGCACGGGCAUCAUCAGCUGCAAAAUGUACGAAUCGGUGCUCGCCCUGCCGGCGGCCCAGCAGGCCACCAGAGCUCUGAUGGUGGUGUCCCUCGUGCUGGGCUUCCUAGCCAUGUUCGUGGCCACGAUGGGCAUGAAGUGUACCCGCUGCGGGGGAGAUGAUAAGGUGAAAAAGGCCCGUAUAGCCAUGACCGGAGGCAUCAUCUUCAUCGUGGCAGGUCUUGCUGCUUUGAUAGCUUGCUCCUGGUGUGGCCACCAGAUUGUCACAGACUUUUAUAACCCUUUGGUCCCCAUGAAUAUUAAGUACGAGUUUGGUCCUGCCAUCUUCAUCGGCUGGGCAGGGUCUGCUCUGGUCCUCUUGGGAGGUGCAAUGCUCUCUUGCUCCUGUCCCGGGAGUGAGGGCAAAGCUAGGUAUGGUGCCCCCCGCUCCUACACUAAGCCCAACUCUGCCAAGGAGUAUGUGUGA